AUGUUUCUGGAGAGGUUUGAAGUGACCAAGCCGGCAGCAGACCGAAGAGAAGUGUUGUCGUUGGUGCAGGUAUUAACUUCUCUGCCGCCUACGGUUGUUCAGGCAGCUUCAUUCAUCAACGUCACUCGACAGGCGGUGAAGAGUUACCUUGAGCUUCUGAAAGAAUCCGAGUCAGAGGUUAUUCAACUUCUUAAGGAGGAUUUUGGAGGUCAGAUGCGUUAUCCGGAUGCUAAGAAUCCCAUUGCCUCUACGUGGCUGCUAUCAUUUGAGCGUAUCCGUCGGCGCUCCCCGCUUGCGGCGAGCUUCCUGUCAUAUCCUACAUAG